ACCAAUAUAAUUGCUGUGAAUUGAAACGGUUUUAGAGAAUGACCUAACAAAAAUACCCUGUACGCACCACCGAGGUAUAUAUAAAUACACAUAUGAGCGCAAAAGUUUGAAGAUUGUAGUCAUUCGAAGAAGGAAGUUAAAUUAAUUUUACUCCACUAACAAAAUGAGAGAGAUUGUUCAUUUACAAGCAGGGCAGUGCGGUAAUCAAAUUGGCGCAAAGUUCUGGGAGGUGAUUAGUGAUGAGCAUGGCAUUGACCCCACUGGAAGUUACAAUGGGGACAGUGAUCUUCAGUUGGAAAGAAUUAAUGUGUACUACAAUGAAGCUUCAGGUGGAAAGUAUGUGCCACGCGCAGUUCUUGUGGACUUGGAGCCUGGGACCAUGGACUCUGUGAGGUCCGGACCAUUCGGUCAAAUCUUCAGGCCUGACAACUUUGUCUUCGGUCAGAGUGGCGCAGGUAACAACUGGGCCAAGGGCCACUACACCGAGGGUGCAGAGCUGGUUGACUCUGUCUUGGAUGUGGUGAGGAAAGAGGCUGAGAGCUGUGACUGCUUGCAGGGCUUCCAGCUCACCCACUCCCUGGGAGGUGGAACCGGCUCUGGCAUGGGCACCCUGCUCAUCAGCAAGAUCCGUGAAGAGUACCCCGACCGCAUCAUGAACACUUUCAGCGUGGUUCCCUCCCCUAAAGUGUCAGACACUGUGGUCGAGCCCUACAAUGCCACCCUCUCAGUCCACCAGCUGGUAGAGAACACAGACGAGACCUACUGUAUCGACAACGAGGCGCUCUACGACAUCUGCUUCCGUACCCUCAAACUCACCACGCCCACCUACGGAGACCUCAACCACCUGGUGUCUGCGACCAUGAGUGGGGUCACCACCUGUCUCCGCUUCCCUGGCCAGCUCAACGCUGACCUGCGCAAACUGGCAGUCAACAUGGUGCCCUUCCCCCGUCUCCACUUCUUCAUGCCUGGCUUUGCACCCCUCACCAGCAGGGGCAGCCAGCAGUACAGAGCCCUGACGGUUCCAGAGCUCACUCAGCAGAUGUUUGACUCGAAGAACAUGAUGGCCGCCUGCGACCCUCGUCACGGCCGUUACCUCACCGUGGCUGCAGUCUUCCGUGGGCGCAUGUCCAUGAAAGAGGUGGACGAGCAAAUGCUGAACGUACAGAACAAGAACAGCAGCUACUUCGUUGAAUGGAUCCCCAACAACGUCAAGACUGCAGUCUGUGACAUUCCUCCCCGUGGCCUCAAGAUGGCUGCCACCUUCAUUGGAAACAGUACUGCCAUCCAGGAGCUGUUCAAGCGCAUUUCUGAGCAGUUCACAGCUAUGUUCCGCCGUAAGGCUUUCCUCCAUUGGUACACAGGAGAAGGCAUGGAUGAGAUGGAGUUCACUGAGGCAGAGAGCAACAUGAACGACCUGGUUUCUGAGUAUCAGCAGUACCAAGACGCCACUGCAGAGGAGGAGGGCGAGUUUGAAGAGGAGGGUGAAGAGGAGUUGGCUUAAAUUGUCUGUUUUCUUUCCUUGUGAAACAUCUGACUGGUGUUUGUUUUUUUCACUUCAUGUUUCCUUAACUGACAAGCUUCAGCUGUACUACUUUUUUAUUUUAAUUUUUGUUUUGUUUACUUCAAAUAAAAGAAACAUGGUUAAA